AUGGCGACCGCCAGCGGCCAUGGAAGCGGGGGAGAGCCCGACCCCGCAGUCGCGGGGCGCAAGCGCCAAGCUCUGGGGGACGAAGAUGACAGUGAGCGCCCGCUCACCCUCUCCACACUCCUGGAAGCCCUCAAGGAGAACCGCGAGGAGAUCGUGGCUAAGGUUCGCACAGACAUGGAAGGGUUGAGCACUAGGGUCAGUGAUGUCGAGCAAGCCAUGCAAGUGCACGUGACGCAUACCACACGCCUGAUGCAAGCCAUGACCGACCGGCACUGUGCAAUGGAGGAGAGCGUCAAGGAAGUCGGGGAAAAACAGAGCUCCGUUUUGCAGCGGCUUGAGCUCCUCGAAGGCAAGUUCGCUAAAGCCGACUUCCCAAUGUCUAGUACUCGCACUUCAGAUUCAGAGACCGGGGGACAAAAGCCCGCCCUCAUUAUCGGGGGAUGGGACUCGGAUCAGCACCACGAGGAAACCCUCCGACUCAUGCGAAAGCACAUGCAGGACCUCAAGGCUGACCUGGACAUAAGCCAAGCGUUCGUUCCCGGACUUCGCAGGGGGUUCACCAUCGUCCCUCUUGCUAAGAUACCGGGGGAAACUGACGCUGAACAACGUGCCCGCAUUCAAGGUGUACUACGACUCGUGCGCGAAGCAAAAAUCAUCACAGGUCAGCGCCCAGAAGGGGGACACCGCUACCUCUUUGCCACAAUGUCGCAGAGCCCGGAGAGACGCAAGCGAGCUCAGCUGGCAGGAAAAGUCAAGAGACUCAUCAUUGAGGAAGGGGGCGACCCCUCCCGCAUCGAGGUGGAGUACGGGACCGCAAACUUGUGGUACAACAGCGUGAAGCUGGCCUCGGGGGUCACCUCGGCGCCGAGUGGUGCCUCAAUCGAGAAAGCUGGCUGGGUGCACCUCGGGAACCUCACGCGGCAAAUCGGGGGAUCAGAAGAGUCAGUGACUACGCGGUGGGAUGACCUCCGCAAAGCGCUGAUCUGGAACGUCGGGGGACUGUCUGCUGCUAAAGCACUAGAUGCGAUCCUGGCUCUCCGUCGCGGGGGAAUUCCGCCUUUCACCGACACCCUGGUCUUGCUCGUACAGGAGAUCAUCUGCGAGCCGGGGAAACACCACGCUGAAAAGGACGAGCUGCAGAUUCUCUUCGGCAAAGGACCCGAAGACUGGCGGGGGAAUGCCGUAGUGCAUACCUCUAACCUGCAGCACACCCGGGGAAAGUGGUUCGAAGAGCAACAGCUACACCUCCCGGAGCAGCAACUAGAGAAAGCAAGUCACUUUCCAUACAACCACCAGAUGGAACCGCGACGCCUUGACUACAUCCUCGUGAAGCGAUUGCUGUGCGACCCCGGGGAAGUGCUAAACCACCGAGACAUAGCUACAUCUGACCAUGAAGCCAUAGCCGUCCCGCUCACCCAGGUGAAGCAAGUCUUGGAAGAUUCCCAGGGACGCGGGGGAGACCCCGUUCGCCUCAUACAGGACGUGGCGGUCGAGAUCACUCGCCCGGGGAAAGCAAGACGACCUUUCCGCGAAAGCAGUGAGCUCAAACAACUCCGAGCAAGAGCCCUCCAAGAGCAGCCGGGGGAAAACCGCCGACAGCUCUGGAAGAUGGCUCGCAAGCAACACCAAGCCGAACAUCGACAAUGGCAGCGAAAGGCCAUGCAACUGGUGGCGGAGCAAGAUUGGGCCACCAAAAGAGCCCUGGUGGAACAAGCCCGCAACCAUGACUGGGAGCUAAGCCUGACAGACGACGCGGACUGGCGACAAAAACUUCGGAAGCACUUCGAGAGCAUCUUCGCCAAGCAGCGGGGAACUAGCGUGUCCAUGGCCAUACAGGACACCCUCGGGCGACUUGCCCGACUCUGCAAGCAACAACCGUGGAGACCAUUCCAACUGGAGGACCUCCAAGCGACGCGAAGCAGGUGGAAGAAUGGGAAAUCGUGUGGCCCCGACCGAGUCUCACACGAAGCCCUCAAAGCCAUGCUCUCCCAUCCGGCCUGGGGGAACAAACUCGUCGAACUCUUCAACGACAUGCUUUACACGGCCCGCAUAGUGGAGAGCAUCGAGGCCAGCAUCACAAUCUUGUUGGCGAAAGUGCCACAGCCACUGGCAUGGGGGGAGACCCGCCCCAUCACACUGACGUCCGUCCUGCUGAAAACAUUCGGACAACUUCUCCUUCAACGAGCGGGGGACUCAGUACAGACCCCCGCCAGGCUACAGUGGUGCCGCAAAGGACGCCAGGGAAUCGAGCUCAUCAUGAUCCUUCGUCGAAUUGCCAGAAUUGCACAUGACUGGGGCUUGGAGAUGUACAUUGCCAAACUGGACAUAAGAAAGGCUUUCGACAGCAUCUUCCAAGAGAGCCUCGCCUCCCACAUCAGCAAGCAAGUGGGGGAAAAAGGCAAACUGCCUUGGGAAGCCCGAGCUUGGGUCUCCCUCCUUCAUGCGCAGCGCAUCACAAUCCACGUGGCCGGGGAAAGCAUCCUCGUGGACCAGAGCAACGGCGUCCGCCAGGGCGCUCCAGAAAGCCCCGUUGCAUUUGGAGCCGGGGGAACCCCUAUGCUGGUCGCCGAGAUGCAGAGCAGGGCGAGGAAAGCCUUUUGGGCCCACCGAGAGGCGUUCACAUCGAAGGCCAGCCUGCGUGAUAAACUCAAGCUGCACAUCAUCUUGGUGCGCCAGAGUGCACUUUGGGCUUGCCAGACGUGGCCCUGCCACACGAGCCUACUGCGAGCCGUCAACUCCGUACAAAUCGCACAGAUGCGUACGAUGCUUGGACUUAAGAGACUGCCAACGGAGGAGUGGGCAACUUGGAACAAGCGCAGCCUCAGACGGACGAGGCUGGCCCUCUUUCACAGCGGGGGAGUCCGAUGGAGCUCUUUUGUCCUCUCCCAAAUUUGGAGGGCUGUCGGACACAUUUGCCGGGGGGAUGUCAUCGGCAACAAGGUCUUCCAAUGGCACAGUUUACAAUGGUGGAAAGACAUGAAGGAGCGGGGGAACGCGGUGCAGCAUGCCCAACGCUUCAACGCCUUCAUGGACAUUGACCGCCAACUCAGUGACACCGCAGGCAGAGACUGGGGGACAAAAGCCCUCAACCGAGAGACGUGGAGCAGCCUCGAAGCAACCUUCAUCGACCGCUAUGACGCACAACCGCCAAAGAACCAAGGUGCUCAACCACCACCCACCUUUGUGCAGCCACCCCCACUCGAUGACCCCUUCAGCGAAGGCCAUGACACACCCACUGACACCGAGACCGACACCAGCCACGACUCCAACAGCACCGAAGAUGACCCCCCCACGGACACCACCCCCCCACGCACCAAGCCACCGUGGGAGCAACCAGGCUGGGGGGGAAUUCCCCCCAAACACCCCCACCAGCGCAAAAAGACCCAAGGAGCAGGCCAUGGAUCACAGCGAGUUGGCAACAAAAAGGGGAAACACAACUACAAACUGCGGGCCAAAGCGGGACAACCUGUCCCACAGCACCCUGGCCCCCAGCCACAGCAGGGCCCCGGCUGGGGAAUUCUAGCAGAACAAGCCGCAGCAGACACACAAGCCCAGCCCCCGCCAGCAGACACAACACAAGCGGGGGAAAAGGCCAGCAACGAGGCCCGGCAACAAUACGAACAGCGCACCAACCCCUACGAGCACCAAGCCACAGCAGGCAUGCCACAGACCCCCAGAGGCCCCCAAGCAGCUCCCACGGGGGAAGAGGCCACCCAUCCCCCGGCCAACACUUUCACGGAAGAGGAGCUGCGAAACCAGCGCGAAUGGUUCGAGGCGCAAGAGGGCUGCUACCAAGGACCACUACCACCCGAGAUCGGUUUUUCCGAACCCCCCCAAACAACAACGGUCGACCCAGACCGCCCACCGUCUCUGCCUACGGCAGCAGACACCAUCGCCACCCUCACCCAACUCACACACGGAUGCUGGGAAGUCCAAACCCAGAGCCUCACUAACAGUGGCACCCCCAGCAGCUCCUCCACAAGCCUACCACCCCUCCGGGUCCUUCGCGAAGGCAUGGCAGGCCCCCUCCACAAAGCCCCAGUCUUCUCCAGGGGGAUCAAGGCCAAAUUCGCCCCCAUGGGCAUUCCUGACAACUGGGUGCUCAUUGUCACCGAGACACCACCGCUUGACACCUUUCAACCCAACAGCAUCCUCCUAGUGGUUGGCGACCAGUUCCGCAUCUAUAACACGGACAAAGGUUGGGUGAUGACAGUCGAAAGACUCGUCACGUCGGCCGCCCGGGAAAGCCGCCUCCCACCAACCAACACCAGCACACCACCCAACAAACCUGCCACCAAAGACCCCACACGCAACAAGCCACAAAAACCGGACAAACAUGUCCGCUUUGCAGAGACCACCACCCACGACUCCCACACAACACCCACAACACCCCCACAAGAGGCGGCAACAAGCUCCCGUGACCCACCGGGGGAACCACAGCAAAACACCACGCCAAGACCCCGCCGGUGGAACACAGACCACCCCCUCCUGGACGGCAGACCCCUACGACGCGGCCAGCGAAGCAAGGGGAAACCCAGCCCCGAGCGCCACAACAACAGCAACCCAGAGCCACACACCCAAUCACCAGUGCAAACACCGACAGACCCAUUCGCAGGAGUCCGAGAUGGCAGACAGAUCGGGCGCAAGAGACAACCGCCACCACCACCAAACACGACCUCCACAACCACCACCACAUCCACCACCACAACAACAACUGACAUGGUGCAAGAAAGAACCACAUCCAGCCCCGACAAAGCAACCGGCACAGACACAGCCAACGACCAUCUAUCCAUGAUGCAGCGAUACCUCCAGCCCGAUCCACGCUCGACACCGGACCCCUCCAAUGCACAAGCGGGGGCACACGUCCCAGCAAACACCCAGCCAGACAGUGCAGACGAUCCCGACGGCCAACUCCCCCCUAACGACCCCCCACCUCUGCAAGCCGCCCCACCACCCACACACGGGACCACAACAAACCGUGUGGAACACCAGCUCCUCCGCAUACACCACCUGGCCAACCAAAUACCUGGGGGGAGCAUGAUUGCCAACCUUGCCGAGUGCGCCCUCGCAGACCUCCUCGUCGACAGCCAAACAGAAGCACAGGUGUUGCAACACCUCGAACUCGAACAAAGCACACACAACAAUACCGGCCAAGCAACACAACCCCAACAAGCACCCCACAAAAGACAAAAAACAGAGCAGCAGCCGCAACCGCCCACAGCAGCAGCAAAAGCACUCCAACACUUACUACUUACAGCACAGCGCAGGUUGGUCUCGGCCGAGGGGGAGCAUAUCUUCGUGUCAUACUACGACAUACAACAUGAUGUCGACACCAUCAUUGCAUGGCUGAACCUCCUGAGCAAUGGGGGGAGCACCUCCUCAGCAUCGAGCUCCUCCUCUUACAAGCCUGUGGACGCAGCCGUCAUCGGACGAACCGUCCGCGAACUGGGCAGAGCACUGCAAGGCAUUCAGAGGGGGAACACCGCCGAACACUGGGUGCUCCUCGCCGAGGUCGUGAUGUUUCUCCAAGCCUGGGAGAAAGGGGAAAAAGUCGCUCACCCAGCCGACGUAAUAGCCUCCAACCGCGGGGUGCUCACCUCGCAUCUCGCUCGCGAAAGACGACAGCAAAGAGCGCGGGGGAUGGUUCAUGAACUCCAAGCACUGGGGGAACGCCUCCACGACUGGCCCGCGGACGAGCUGAACAGCAUCCACGCCGCGCUCUUGCAGACCUUGGAACAGGUCGAGGACGCCCUCCAGCCGGGGGGGAGCGCACCUCCGCUCCAAAACUUGCCGAGGGAAGAUGCCGUGGCCCCGCUAAGCUCGGGGGAGUGGUGGCUACAUGAUCGACACCACGGACUGGGCAAUGCACCGGGGAGUGACAACAGGAGCCCCACGGAUGCAGUCAAUAGCGAAGAAGACGACGGGGGAAGCCCCGCCUCGCAUCGACGCCGACGAGUCCAUGCAGCUUUCGCAGACGAGUGA